ACGUACGCAGUAUAAUGGACAAGUACAAGGGAAGGGUAGAUGAGGCGCCGUCGAUCGGCUCCAGCAGCUGGGUGGUGGAGAUGGAGGCGACGAUCCGCGACAUCGACCCGGAGGUGGAGAUGGCGCGGUGGAAGCGCCACUCCAUCUACCAGGUGCCGGAGCGGAUCAAGAACCUGCACAACAGCAAGGCGUACCGGCCGGAGCUGGUGUCGCUGGGGCCCUUCCACCACGGCGAGCCCGACCUGCUCCCCAUGGAGGAGCACAAGCGCCGGGCGGUGGUGCACCUGGUCAAGCGCUCCGGGAGGCCGCUGCGGGACUUCGUCGCGGCCGUGGCGGAGGUGACGCAGCAGCUGCAGGAGGCGUACAAGGACCUCGCCGGCCAGUGGCGCGGCGCGGAGAACAGGCAGCGGUUCGCGGAGCUCAUGGUCACCGACGGCUGCUUUCUGGUGGAGGCCAUGAGGAUGGACGCGCUGGGUGGCAAGGUGGACGAUGAUUACGCGCCCAACGACCCCGUCUUUAGCCAGUAUGGCUAUCUUUACAUGUGGCGGUAUAUCCAGUCUGACAUGGUCAUCAUGGAGAACCAGCUGCCUCUGCUUCUUCUCCACAGGCUACUAGUCGUUCUGGAUCAUGACAGAUAUCAGGACGCCCGAGAGAUCACCAAGUUGGUUCUUGAUUCCCUGUGUCCGUGGCGUCGACACGUGGUUGAAACUAACCCAGUGGGGCUACACCCCCUCGACAUCUUACACCAAAGUCUUACCCAUGAUGACCACCAAGACCGGAAAGGUUUGAAGGCGUAUGUCAUGCCCUCCGCAAUUGAGAUCUACGAAGCAGGAAUAAAUUUCAAGGUGAGCGAGACUGACAGCCUCCUCGACGUGCACUUCGAACAAGGAGUGCUAAGCAUCCCGGCAGUUAGGGUCGACGAAUGCACCGAGAAGAGGUUCCUUAAUCUGAUGGCAUUCGAACGGCUCCACCCUGCUGCUGGCAAUGCUGUGACGGCCUACGUGAUCUUCAUGGACAACAUGAUUAGCUCGGCCAAGGAUGUAGCCCUGCUCAGAUGUACGAAUAUUAUCGAGAGUGGGUUGGGCAGCGAUGAAGAGGUAGCUAAACUCCUCAACAACACGCUAAACAAGGGAGGAGUGAUGAGCCCAUCUAGCAGGCUCCAUGAUGUGCAGAGGCAGGUGAAUGCCCACUCCAUGAAGAGCUGGAAUAGGUGGCGGGCUAACUUCAUACAAACCUACUUGAGAAAUCCUUGAGUGUUCAUUUCCCUCGUCGCCACUGUUAUUCUAUUAGUUGCUACACUCUUGCAGACCGUCUAUACGGUUGCACCUUUCUAUAAGUACAUGUCAACCUAGUAGCAAAUUUUUACUCCGUCGGUUUCAAAACAGCCAUCAUAUUAGGUUUUGUUAGGAAAAACAUUUGACCAACAAUUACUCUAUUAAUAUGUACUUCAUGUGACAUAAAAUUGAUGUCAUUAGAUUUGU